AUGAUAUUCCCACAAGAGUUCUAUUUAUUAUGGUCUUCAUUAGAAUUGUUCAUGGCUUUGACUCACUUAUUUGUUUUUCUUGGAUUUCGUAAUCCCAAAUUGGGCUUUUUACGUCGCCAACAAAAUUAUUUUCUAUUGGAUGCUUUUACACAUGCUGUAAACGCCUUGCUCCAUUCGCCAAAGACAUUCGGUGGAGUACUUCACGUCAUUUGGUUAUUUGCCUUCGUUGUUCAUCUUUACUAUUAUCGAAAUCUGGCAGCCAAUCCUCCACCGCCACGUCAACAAACGGGCGAUCAAUCAAUCGAAGAUAAUUCCCAUAAAAUCAGUCGAAUUUUUCAUUGGUCUUCUUUAGAAUUUCAAGCAAAUCGAUUCAGUAUCAUGCAAUCAGGAAAGGAAAUGCUCGAAACCAUCAUCGAUGUUAUUGCUCACACAGCUGGCUUUUACCUGGCCUUUCAUCUGAUCAAUUCAUUCGUGUAUAGAUUAGUAGCACUUUUACUUAUGCUUGCCCUCCUCUAUCGACAAAUGCUUAGUUUAAAAUACUUCUUCACCGAACUGAAAAUGAUGCCACCACAUUUACAACGAUUAUUUUCAUCGUUUUCAAGCAAUCCCGUAGCGAACUAA